AUGACGUCUUCCGCCCCGAUCAGUUCCAGUGAAGAUGAUCUUCCUGUAGAUGUUGAGAAACAGCAGUCCAACAGACUUCACCCUGUAGAUCACCAUGCCGAACAAGAGAACACCGCAGAAAAGGAAAACGAGACAAGGGGUGCGAAUGGGAGCCCGCUGGAGGCAGAGGUCUUGAAUAAAGAUGCGGACGAUAUGGCGGGGGCCGUCAACCGAGUUUUGAGCAAGAUGUCGUCGAAUGCGAGCUGGAACCCGGGCCCGCCGCCGGACGGGGGUCGGGAAGCUUGGUUGACGUGUCUCUGUGCCCAUCUUCUCAUCAUGAACACAUGGGGCUUCAUCAACUCUUUCGGAGUCUUCCAAUCAUACUACACCACGCUGCUGAACCGCCCACCCUCGGACAUCUCAUGGAUCGGCUCCAUCCAGGUGUUCCUCACCUUCUUCAUCGGCACCUUCACGGGUCGCCUGGUCGACGCGGGUUUCCUGCGCCCAGUCCUCGCCGCUGGUACCGCCUUCAUGAUCUUGGGCAUCUUUACGACCUCGCUGGCGACGCAGUACUGGCAGCUCUUGCUGUCGCAGGGCCUGUGCAUGGGGCUAGGCAGUGGCUGCCUUUUCUGCCCAGCCAUUUCCACCGUUUCGACCUAUUUCAGCAAGAAGCGUUCUCUCGCCAUCGGAAUCACGGCUUGCGGCUCUGUCACGGGUGGCCUGGUCUUCCCUGCCAUGGCGCGAGAGCUCCUACCCACAGCGGGCUUCGGCUGGGCAGUCCGAUCUAUGGGUUUCGUGCUACUCGUCACGCUCAUUUUCGCCAACAUCUUCAUGAGGUCACGCCUGCCACCGCGACGUGCGGGGAGCCUGGUGGAGUGGGCUGCAUUCCGCGAGCUCGAAUACACUUUCUACACCAUCGGCAUGUUUUUCAACUUCUGGGGCGUGUACUUCGCCUUCUACUACCUCGCGGCCUUCAGCCGGUCGGCCAUCACGCCAGGGCUCUCAUACGUCGACAGCCUCAACAUGCUGCUGCUGCUCAACGGCAUCGGCGUCCUCGGCCGACUGCUGCCGAACCACCUCGCUGACCGCUUCGGCCCGCUCAACAUGAUGAUCCCGACGUGUCUGGUGUGCGGCAUCGCGUUGCUGAGCUGGAUGGCUGUCGACACGCCCAACCAGCUGUACGCGUGGGCAGUCUUCUACGGCAUCGCCGCCGGCGCGCUGCAAAGCCUGUUCCCGGCCGGCCUGAGCAGCCUCACGACGGACCUAAGAAAGCAGGGCACGCGCAUGGGCAUGGUGUUCACCGUCGUCAGUUUCGCCGUGCUGACGGGGAACCCGAUCGCGGGUGCCAUCAUCGACGCCAUGGACGGCAGUUAUGUCGGCGCGCAGGCGUUCACGGGCUGUGCGCUGCUGGUGGGCAUGGGAUUCAUACUGGCGGCGCGGUCGGUGCGGAUGCGGAAGUCUGGGACGGGAUGGGCCGUCAAGAUCUAG